AUGGCAACUGAAAAAUAUAUGCACGAUGUCGAAGAAGGCUCAGAGCUUACCAGCCCGGAUGUUGUCGACGACGCUCUCAAAGCACGUGAAAAGGCCUUGAUCUGGAAACAAGACCUACGCAUCAUUCCGUUAUGCGCUGCUAUCUACUUGCUUUGUUAUCUCGAUCGCUCUAACAUUGGCAAUGCCAAAAUCCUGAAUGCGGAUACUCACAAUGAUCUUCUCUCUGAGACUAAUAUGACUUCUUACCAGUUCACGAUUGCACUCAUGGUGUUCCUGAUCGCAUACGCACUGUUUGAAGUCCCAUCAAACUACUUUCUAAAGAAGCUCCGCCCAAGUCGCUGGAUUGCCUUCCUCAUGAUCUCCUGGGGCGCAACAACAAUGGGCCUCGGUGGUGUUCACAACUACGCCCAGGUGACAGGACUCCGAUUCCUCCUUGGCGUAAUGGAAGCUGGCCUCUUCCCCGGCUUCGUAUACUAUCUUACAUUCUGGUACCGCAACUCUGAGCGAUCGAUCCGCGUAGCUCUUAUUCUUGCCUCGGCAACACUCGCUGGAGCAUUUGGUGGUGCUAUUGCCUUUGGUGUGGGCCAUAUGAAUGGCGCUCAUGGUCUCUCUGCUUGGAGGUGGCUGUUUAUCAUUGAGGGAGCUCCAUCUUGCGCGUCUGCUGUUCUGGUCUGGUUCUUAUUGCCAGAUUACCCGGAGACUGCCAGUUGGCUUACUGCUGAGGAGAAGGAGCUUGCUGCGCAAAGAUUGAGUUUGGAAGGAUCUAAGGGUUCUGAUCAGGCGAUGUCUUGGGAGGAUGCUAAAGCUACGCUGACGGAUUGGAGGCUGUAUGCUCAUUAUGCGCUCAUCAGUCAAAAGGUAUACUUCGGCAUCUCCACGCCAUUCUCGAGUCUUUCUCUUUUCACGCCUUCCAUCACUGCUGGCCUGGGAUACUCUGCUCUCCACGCUCAGCUGAUGACCGUGCCUCCGUAUGCGGUGGCCUAUGUCGUGACUAUAGCUGUGGCAUGGUCUGCGGACUACUUCAACAGCCGCGGUGUUCAUUCUGCCAUUUUCUCUUUCAUCGGGGCAAUUGGCUUCCUUGCCUCCGCAGUUCUGCCCGCUAGUGCAUAUCUAAGCCGCUACGGAUGCCUCAUAGUAGCAGCCAGUGGCGCCUUUGCCUGCAUCCCACCUCUACUAGGCUGGCUAUCCUCCAAUAUCAGCUCAACGGCCGGUGCAGGACUCGCGAUCGCACUCAACAUAUCAUUCGGUGCCCCGGGCCAGAUUGUCGGCGUCUGGAUCUACAAAAGCGACGAAGCAAAGAUCGGCUAUCCAACCGGCCAUUGGACAAAUGCGGCAUUGCUUUUCUUUGUGGCAGCCGGCUGCAUCUUAUUGAGGCUCUACUACGGGUGGCGCAAUCGCCGCGGAGAUGGGGCAAGAAAUGGAAAGUCUUUCGCGUAUUAG